CCCCCGGGAGCCGCCUGGGCAUCUUGGGCCGGAGGAAGGAAGGAAGAAGGGGAGCCGGGCUGGAUGACCUCGGGGGACCCUCCUUGCUCCCCGGGGCCUUUGCGCUGGGAUUGGCCAGGGAGGGACAAGGGCCAUUGUGACCCGGCGGAGGGGCCCUGCUCCCGGGCUCUUCUUCCCUCGGGGCGCCCAAAGACCCAAAGAGCCGCCCGGCCUGGAUCCCUGGCGGCAGCCGGAGCCCCAGCCGAGCAGGAGACUCAGGCGCCUGGAUCCGGGGAAAUGAAAGCGAAAGCAGGCGGCGGCGGCGGCGGAGGGUCCGCGCUCAUGACCGAAGAGGAGCAGCAGCAGGAGGCCCCCUGGCUCUGCGGGAACUGCCAGCGCUGGGUCUCCGGCCCCAACCGCGCCCUCCACGAGGCCCACUGCCUGCGCUUCCUGGCCCUGUGCCCCGAGUGCCAGGAGCCCGUGGCCCGCAAGGAGAUGGAGGCCCACCGGGAGACCGAGCACCGCAAGGUCAGAUGCCAGCUCUGCCACCGGGCCAUGCAGAAGUACCAGCUGGAGGAGCACCGGGCGGAGCAGUGCCCGGAGCGGAUGGCUGCCUGCAACUUCUGUGAGCUGGAGCUGCCCUUCCACAGAAUGGGGCCCCACCUGGAGGCCUGUGGGGCCCGGACCACGCCAUGCUGGGACUGCGGCAAGUAUGUCAUGUACCGGGCCCUGGAGGCGCACUACCAGGGCUGCCAGGGCGGCAGUGCUCCCCGGGGGCUCCGUCCAGAGCCAGAGGCCAGCUUCUGCCAGCAGUGCCAGUGCUGGGUCCCUGAGGAGCGCCACCUCCAGCACAUGGACGAAUGCUGCCCCCUCCCUCAGCUUCUGGGGGCUCUCAGCACCCACUGCCCCCCAACUCCAGCUCCCUCUGUGUGCAGCCCCCCAAAGGAGAAGGGCGCCCGGCCCAAGAGGAAAGACAAGGACUCGCCCCCUAUUUUGGGAAAGCCUUCGCUCAAGCCCCCCAGGAGCAAGAAGGCCCUCAGUCCGCUGGCCUUCACCCCCACCGUGGCCCCACCACCGCAGACCAAGGAGGAAGAGGAGGCCAGCGCCUACGACUGCCUGGCCAGCUGCCCCCAUUGCCACAUCCUCCUCCCCAGCCCCACUCUGCAGAAGCACCAGAAAAAGUGCCAGCGGCGGGCACCCUCACUGCAGGCGCAGUGGCGUCGGCGUAGCCCUCGCUUCCUGGACAAAGGAGAGGAGCCCCAGAUGCAGAGCCCCCCUGGAGAGAACAGCUGGCAGUGACUUUCCUCAGCAGCUGCCCCAAAGGACUCCUUCUCCUAUGACCCCCACCGACCCAUUUAAGCCAAGCCCUCGGGAUUCUCUUCAUGGGAUUCUCAUAACUGCCUUAUGGAGAAUAAAAGAAGUACCACUUGCA